CCCUCUCACGUGCCCUUACCUCCCUCUCAUCUCCCCUCUCACGUGCCUCUCGUUGGCUCUCUCACGUCUCGACUCCCUCGUAUUUGCCUCAAGUUCCCUCAAUCUCCUCGUCUCCCCUCACCUCUCACGUCCUCUCAUUACACCCCCCGCCCCCCACCCCUCCUUAUCAUCCUCCCAUCUCCCUCACUUCUCACCUCCCUCAUUUACACCUCACCUUUUCUGGCGUCUCCCCUCACCCACCCUCACCUCCAUAAUUUCUUCCCUCCCUCUAAUUUCCUUCAUCUUCCCUCAACUAUCUCAUUCCCCUCACCUUCACUCACCUCUCAUUCUCAUCAUCUUCCCUCAACUCCCUCAUUCCCCUCAUCUUCCCUCACUUCUCCCCCAAAUCAUCUCCCUCACAAAUCCCCUCACUUCUCACAUCUCCCUCUCAUUCCCAUCACCUCCCUUCAUCCACCCCUCACCUCCCUCACUUCUCACAGAAUCAUCUCCCUCAGAUUCCCCACCAGGGCCCUCACCUCCCGCCGUCAUCAACCUCGUCAUCUCCCCCCUUCCCACCACCACCUCCACCACCGUCAUCGUCACCACCUUCGCCAUGGACGUGGUGAAGGCCUCGCUCGUGUGCUUCAGCCUGCUCUUCUGGCUGGCCGGCCUGGCCACGCUCUCGCUGGGCCUGUGGGCCCGCCUGGCCCUGUCCCUCUACCUGGAGGAGCUCACGACGGGCGACUACAGCAGCGCGCCCUACGUGCUGCUCGCGGCCGGGGCCGCCGUCACCGCCUGGGGCUUCCUCGGCUGCUUCAGCGCCGCCACCGGCAACCCCCGCCUGCUGCGGGUCUACGGCCUCUUCCAGGUCGCCGUGCUCGUGGCCGGCCUCGCCGCGGGCCUCUCGGGCCUCUUCUACCGCCGCGACAUCGCCGAGGGCUUCCGCCACGGGCUCGCCCGCGCCCUGCGGCUCUACGGAGACGACGACGCCAAGAGCGCGGCCAUGGACGGCCUGCAGAGGGCCCUGGACUGCUGCGGGGUGGACGGCUUCCAGGACUGGCUGCCGGCGCCCUGGUCCCGGGGCCGCCUCAACAACGGCUCGGUGCCCGAGAGCUGCUGCGUGCGCCGCCGCGGGUGCCGCAGCGACCCCGUGGGCCCCGCGGGCGAGGGCAUCUUCCCCGACGGCUGCUUCACCAAACUCGUCGACCUCGUGAGCGACAACCUCUUCUACAUCGCGUGCGGCGCCCUCGGCCUCGCCUUCACGCAGGUCAUCGGCAUCGCGCUCGCCUGCGUGCUCGCGGCGCGCAUCGAGGCCGGCCCGGGGCCCGAGGGCGACCGCGACACCCUGUCCUAGGAGGGGGUGGCCCUCCCCUCCCCGCCCUGCCGCUCCACCCCGAGCAUCGGGACGCGUCUCUACCAAAGGGGCCCCAGGCCACGGGCCCGAGGGAACCAGGAGGGGCUCCAGAGAGACUUGCAAAGGGACCGGGGCUGGAGAGAGGCCCAGCGGUGGGGUGGGGGGGGGGGGGUCCUCGGAGGAGACACAGAAGACGCCGACGGCGAGGGGGACAACCCCUGCUGACGGGACCCAGAGGACCAAGGAGGUCCAGUGAGUAACCGCGUGGGGAUAGCCACGAGAGCUCCUACGGGAUCCCGGGGGAGACUCAGGGAGGGUCAAGACGAACGUCUGCUGAGAGGCCAAGGGGGUCCGAGGGGGCUGAAGGGGGCCCGUGGGGACGCGUGAAUCGCGAAC